GACAGCGCCCAUCAGGUCCGCGUCAAGGCUUACUAUAAGGGGGACAUUAUGAUAACCUAUUUUGAACCUUCUAUCUCCUUUGAGGGACUGUGUAAUGAAGUUCGAGACAUGUGCGCCUUUGAUAAUGAACAGUUAUUCACUAUGAAAUGGAUUGACGAAGAAGGGGAUCCAUGUACUGUUUCUUCCCAGCUGGAACUGGAAGAGGCUUUUCGUCUAUACGAAUUAAAUAAGGAUUCUGAACUUCUAAUACAUGUGUUUCCUUGUGUACCAGAAAGGCCUGGAAUGCCCUGUCCAGGGGAAGAUAAAUCUAUUUAUCGUAGGGGUGCACGGAGAUGGCGAAAGCUCUAUUGUGCAAACGGUCAUACUUUUCAAGCCAAGCGUUUUAACAGAAGAGCUCAUUGUGCCAUCUGUACUGACCGAAUAUGGGGACUAGGACGCCAGGGAUAUAAAUGCAUCAAUUGUAAACUUUUAGUUCAUAAAAAAUGUCAUAAACUUGUCAGCAUAGAAUGUGGCCGACAUGCUCUACCACCGGAGCCUAUGGAUCAUUCCUCAGUGCAUUCUGAUAACAUAGAACCAGUGAUUCCAUAUCACCCUUCAAGUCAUGAAAGUUUGGAUCAUGUUGGUGAAGAAAAGGAGGCAAAGAGUAGAGAAAGUGGCAAAGUAUCUUCCAGUCUAGGUCUCCAAGAUUUUGAUCUACUUCGUGUUAUAGGGAGAGGAAGUUAUGCAAAAGUACUUCUAGUUCGAUUAAAGAAGACAGAGCGCAUUUAUGCAAUGAAAGUUGUGAAAAAAGAAUUAGUUAAUGAUGAUGAGGAUAUUGACUGGGUUCAAACAGAAAAGCAUGUCUUUGAGCAAGCAUCAAAUCAUCCUUUCCUUGUUGGUCUUCACUCAUGUUUCCAGACAGAAAGCAGGCUAUUUUUUGUUAUCGAAUAUGUGAACGGAGGGGAUCUCAUGUUUCACAUGCAGCGGCAAAGGAAAUUGCCAGAAGAGCAUGCCAGGUUUUACUCGGCAGAAAUCAGUUUAGCUUUAAACUAUCUUCAUGAACGAGGAAUAAUUUAUAGAGACUUGAAACUGGACAAUGUAUUGCUGGAUUCUGAGGGACAUAUCAAGUUGACUGACUACGGCAUGUGCAAGGAAGGAUUAAGACCUGGAGACACCACCAGCACUUUCUGUGGCACUCCUAAUUACAUUGCUCCUGAAAUUUUACGUGGAGAAGAUUAUGGAUUUAGUGUGGACUGGUGGGCUUUAGGUGUCCUGAUGUUUGAAAUGAUGGCGGGAAGAUCUCCGUUUGAUAUUGUUGGAAGUUCUGAUAAUCCUGAUCAAAAUACAGAAGAUUAUCUCUUCCAAGUUAUCCUGGAGAAGCAAAUCCGUAUCCCACGGUCCCUUUCUGUGAAGGCAGCAAGCGUUCUAAAAAGCUUUUUAAACAAGGAUCCAAAAGAACGUUUAGGAUGCCAUCCUCAAACAGGGUUUGCAGACAUUCAGGGACACCCAUUUUUUCGAAAUGUUGAUUGGGAUCUGAUGGAACAAAAACAGGUAGUUCCUCCAUUUAAACCAAAUAUUUCUGGAGAAUUUGGUCUGGACAACUUUGAUUCCCAGUUUACCAAUGAACCUGUUCAACUCACCCCUGAUGAUGAUGAUAUUGUAAAGAAGAUUGAUCAGUCUGAGUUUGAAGGUUUUGAAUAUAUCAAUCCUCUUCUGAUGUCGGCUGAGGAAUGUGUCUGAUUUCCUACUUCUAACCUGUGCCAUCCUUUUUAUUGAUGUUUUUCCUGCAUGGGUGAACAAUGUUUCUGUUGGGAAGCAAUUGAUAAAAUGCAUUUGCCAUCUGGUAUGAACUUUACCAUAACAUCAUUAACUUGCUGUAAGCUGAAUACUUUUUAUUGAUAUAAAAAGAAAUGAAAUAAUAAUAAUAAUAAAAAUUAUACCAAAAUUGGAGUCUAAAACAAGGUUCUGGCCAGAAGUUGUCUAAUAUGAAAUAAAAGAUAUCGCUGGAUGUUCUGCUUCACAUGUAAUGUUACUUUGUGUUUUAUAGAUUUACUGUUGCAUUAAGUGAUGUUCAGUACAUUGUGUAUAAAGUGUGAUUUUCUGACAACUAGGUUUAGAGAUAGUUCAUAAGACUGCUUAUUUUUUCUUGUCCCUCCAUCUUUCAGCUUUACUUACAGCAUUGUCCAAAUUAAACUACUUAUGCUACCAAAUUAAUUUUGAAAACCCUGAUUAAAAAUGAAUUGCAGAGUAAGAAGUAUCCCCACAUUGAUUAUAGUAAAUGUUACGUCCACACAAGAUAGCAGCUUGCAUGUAGUAUAAAAAUCAGCUCCUGUUCUGUCAAUGUCCUGAAUUUAUUGUGAGUUAGCUUUGUAAUUGAGACCCACUGAAUUUGGUGGGAUUUGCUUCUGAUUAAACUUCCCUAGAAUUACACUGUUAUGGCACUUGGGACUUUGGAACAUCAUAUGUAUACUUAUUAUCCCUUAAGAAUUAUGACUGAAGCCUUCUUAUUUCUGUAGGCUAAAUGAAAGUGGUACAGCAGUAACAAUGAUAGAACCAAGGAUAAUAGAUGCACUGACAUAGAUGGUUCUAUUGUAAAAGAGAAUUUUCUUAUUAAGCACAUGUACUUCAUUUUAAUUUUCAGUGAAAUCCUUUUGAUACACUUAUGUUAUAUAAAUGAGUGUCUUCCUCAUCUUUUUGGUUCAGAAGAUAUAGUGGUUAAUUUAAACAAAAAAAUGUCAGUAGUUGGGUCUUUUUGAGGAAGCAAAUAGUAUUUGUAGAAAUAGGCAGCUAAUGUUCCCAAAUUAGACCUCGUGCCACUAUUUUCAUCAUCUUAACGAGGACCAUAAAUUACACAAUAUAUUUGAAAAGCUAGUAUACUCCAGCUAAUUUCAAGUUUAAUGCAAAACACUACAAUAGUUCAAAACCAAAUAUAUCAUAUUUAGCUUUCUGUAAUACAAAUUAGGAGGGGUGCACAUGGAGCGAUGAGAGAGAAAGGUGACACCCACGUAACCGGUCACAUCAGCCAAAUCAGUCCUGGUGAUCAGUGGGUGACACAUGUCCCAGCCAGAUCAUCCUCGCAAAUGCAAAUUACUCUUUGGUACUGUGGCAUUUAUUGAAUAUUAGUGCAUUAAGGGAACAUUUGCUUAUUUGAAUAGUAUGAAUUAUUUUGUAUUAUUCAAAUAAAAAAAAUUCAUUCUUGUACUUUCAUUAUGAUGUUAACAAGCUCUGUCAUAUUCAGGGUUCAUCUAAACAUCAUUCUUUUAGGCCUGAUAAGUUUUCAAUCUGGUAAGUUAUCUUUGAUCAUCUUUUGGGGUGAGCAGAAAUUAUUUCCAUGGCUCCUUCCCUCUUCCUUUUCAGAUUUCUUCAUUACAGCAAAUAAAAUUAGGCUACUCACAGUGGGCUCGGUACAAAAUGGUUUUCUACCAGAAGUACCUUGUCUGACUCGCACAAUUCUAGAAUAAAAUUCUAAUAUUCAAGAAUGUUCAGCUUCUAAGCACAAAAUCAAUGCAUCUACAGACAGAGUUGUUUCUAUUCCCAUCCUGUAAAUGUGUGUGUGUGUGUACGUGUGUAGUAUAUGUUUCAUGUUGUGAUAUUAAAAACAAAUGUAUUUUUGAGGGGGUUUUUUCAUAUUUGUUUCAGACAAAUGCCAUGAUAUUAAAAGUGUUAAUUUUAAAAUCUUUUUAUUAAAAUGUAGAAGCUAUUUUAAAAUAAUUGAAUAGGAAUUCAGAUAUGACAGCUAAUGCAGCAUGAUGGGAAGUAGAAUUUGUUGUUUUUUUGUAUAAAAACUGUAUUGGUGGAUGUUUUCACUCAACUAGUUCUGUUGUGCGUUUCCUUCUUCUGUUGCCUUUGAUAUUUGUGUAACCAUCUCCUGAAAUUUCUACAUACUUUUUCAACUGUCAUUUUUAAGUUUCAAAAUAAAAAAGCAGGGCUUUUGUUUA